AUGUUACUUAAACACAUUUUACCCGAACAAUAUCAACCAACGUUAGUGCUCGACGAUGAAAGACAUUUAUUUAUUCGUUUGUUCAAAGAUAAUGAUCUACGUCGGGAAAAGCUUCGACCAUUUCGAAUUUUAAGUGGGUCAUUGCACUAUUUUCGUGUUUUACCACAAGUCUGGUCGGAUCGUAUUCAAGAAAUGAAACGAGCUGGUCUCAAUACGAUUGAAACAUACAUUCCGUGGAACUUACACGAGCCCGAAAGAGGUGUUUUCAAAUUUAAUGAAGGUCUAACUGAUUUAUCAAGCUUUUUAAAGCUUGUUCAUCAACAUGAAAUGUUUACGAUCGUUCGUCCAUCAGGUUAUAUCUGUGCUGAAUAUGAAUGGGGCGGUUUACCUAGCUGGUUACUCCAGGACAAUCAAAUGCGUAUUCGCUCAACAUAUUCCGGUUUUGUUGAUGCAUUGAAAAAUUAUUAUUCAGUUUUAUUACCAAUUCUAUCUGAACAUCAAUACAAUCGACACAGUCAUGGUUCAAUAAUUGCAUUCCAAAUCGAAAAUGAAUAUGGAAGUUACGGCGAAGAUAAGGAUUAUCUUCGAGCCAUUCGCUCAAUGUAUGUAGAAUACGGUUUGGAUGAAUUGUUCUUCACAUCCGACGGUGCCAGAGAACUUACACGUGGCACUUUAGAUAACGUUUGGGCAACCAUCAAUUUUCAACGUCAUGUCAAAGAAAACAUCGAACAAUUAAUCGCCUUUCGUUCACAUAAUCAUUUGAUGAUUAGUGAAUAUUGGACGGGAUGGUUUGAUUAUUGGGGUGGACGACAUCAAACAGGUUCAUCAGGUACCUAUUCUGCAGACGAAUUCGAAAAAGAUCUCGAAGAUAUUUUAUUGAAUUCCAAAUACGAAAUAUCCAUUAAUUUUUAUAUGUUCUUCGGUGGAACAAAUUUUGGUUUUACAUCAGGUGGACAUCAUUUUCCUUCCAAAAAAUAUUCUCCAUUAGUGACUUCCUACGAUUACGAUGCACCAUUGAAUGAAUCUGGUGAUCGAACAGAUAAAUACUUUGUUAUUCAACGUGUCAUCAAAAAGUUCUAUGAACUUCAUCCACAACUAAUCGUUUACAACCAUCCCCGUAUAACUGAAGACAAAUUCGAAAUUACAGAGCGGAAAGAUUCGAAAAAAGCCGCAUUCAGCCGAAUCAAGAUCUAUGGUUACAAAACACUCGAGCAAAUACUCCACGAUGACAUUCUAACAAACAAAUGCGAAGUUACCGAUGGACCGUUAAACAUGGAACAAAUAAAGAUUCCUGCACACUCGAAUGCCGGAGCAUCACAAGGCUUUAUUGUCUACACAAAUAAUAACAUGGAGAAAUUCUUCGAAGACAAGCAUGUCGAACAACGAGUUACAAUUGAAUCGAUUGCUGACAAUGCUUUAGUUUUAGUCAACGGAAAAGUGAUUUAUAAAUCACUAUGCUCAGAUAAUUCUAUUCAAUUUAAUAUCCCACCGGAUACGAAGAAUUUAACGAUCAUUGUUGAAAAUAUGGGUCGUAUUAAUUUUGGUCCUACACUUGACCAUAGUCGAAAGGGUAUUCUUAGUAAAGUAUUAUUAAAUGGCACAAUUGAAUUACAAGCAUGGACAAUCCAUACAUUAGAGUUUCAUAAAGGCGUGUCAAGUAUUACUGAUUGGAAUCGAUUGACGAUCGACGAGAAAAAUGCAACAAAUACUCAUGAUCUUAAUUAUGGUCCACAAUUAUUUUAUGCACCAUUUCAUAUUGAAAAUGAACAUUCAAUUGCCGACACGUACUUAUCAUUAGAUUCUCAAUGGACAAAAGGUGUCGCGUUUAUCAAUGGAUUCAAUUUGGGAAGGUAUUGGAGUAUAGGACCGCAACGUACAUUAUACAUACCCAAAGAAUUAUUAUUCAAAGGAUUUAAUCAUAUUCAGUUAUUUGAAUUGUAUACAUUUGGCCAAUACAUUCAACUCGUCGAUACGCCUAUCAUCGAUGCGUGA